CUGGACCUUUUUGCUUUAAGUACUCGGGGUGACUCCCUGCACAGCAAAAAAAGCAUAUCCUGACCUUCCAACCAAAAGGAUUUGGUAUCUGAGUGCACGCUGGCCAAACCCCAACAGCAGCAGUGCAGUGGAGCAGGGAGCUGUCCGCGGUGCUGAAUUCAUCAGCCAACAGAUAUCCACAUUGCACACUCAUGUACUUGGGCCGAUCCUGAUACCUCCCGUUCCUAGCAGCAACUGAUCACCACCUCCACAUCCAAAAAUGGACGACGAUGGACGCUACAGAGACAGCCGCUCAGAUUUCAUCCGCGGCGCCAAGGACAUUGCCAAAGUGGCCAAGAAGCAGGUUGGCAAGAAGGUGGGGCGAGGCAUGGACAAAAUGACCGACGAGUACACCAAGCGCUCCUAUAAGCGCUUUGAGGAGGAAGAUGAUGAAGAUGACUACGCCGGUGUACCAGGUAACGACGGCGGAUAUUAUCGCAAUGACAGCCGGGCCAAUGAUGACGAAGGUCACAGUGACUCCACCGAGGGACACGAUGAGGAUGAUGAGAUCUACGAAGGCGAGUACCAAGGCAUCCCCAGGGCCGACUCAGGCAAGGAUGGCAGCAUGGAUGGGGUGACGGCCGCCCAGGCACAGCAGUUCAGGGAUCUGUCAGCCUACGAAGGUGAGAGGCGGAAAGACCAGGAGGAGCUGGCCCAGCAGUACGAGACCAUCCUGCAGGAGUGUGGCCAUGGGAAGUUCCAGUGGACGCUGUACUUCGUUCUGGGGCUGGCGUUGAUGGCGGACGGCGUGGAGAUCUUUGUGGUCGGCUUCGUGCUGCCCAGUGCAGAGAAGGACAUGUGUCUAUCUGAGCCCAACAAGGGAAUGCUGGGUCUGAUCGUGUACCUGGGUAUGAUGGUCGGGGCGUUCGUGUGGGGCGGCCUGGCCGACCGGAUUGGCCGGCGGCAGACCCUCCUCAUCUCCCUCUCCAUCAACAGCGUGUUUGCCUUCUUCUCGUCCUUCGUCCAAGGCUACAGCUCUUUCCUCUUCUGCCGCCUGCUCUCUGGUGUGGGUAUUGGCGGCUCCAUCCCCAUUGUGUUCUCCUAUUACUCUGAGUUCCUGGCCCAGGAGAAGCGAGGAGAGCAUCUGAGCUGGCUCUGCAUGUUCUGGAUGAUCGGUGGUAUCUACGCCUCCGCCAUGGCCUGGGCCAUCAUCCCACACUAUGGCUGGAGUUUCCAGAUGGGCUCGGCCUACCAGUUCCACAGCUGGCGUGUCUUUGUGUUGGUGUGUGCCUUCCCCUCUGUGGCAGCCAUCUCUGCCCUCACCACCAUGCCUGAGAGCCCCCGCUUCUACCUGGAGAAUGGGAAACAUGAUGAGGCGUGGAUGAUUCUGAAGCAGGUCCAUGACACCAACAUGAGGGCCAAGGGUUACCCAGAGAGGGUCUUUUCUGUGACGACCAUCAAAACAGUGAAGCAGAUGGAUGAACUGGUGAACAUGGGAGACAACGCUGCCUGGCAUCAGAAAUGGAGGCAGAAGCUCACUUCACUUUUCCAUCAGGUGUGGACUAAUUUCCAGGCUGUUUUCUCUCCCGAGUACCGCCGCACCACCUACAUGAUGAUGGCUGUAUGGUUCUCAAUGUCCUUCAGCUACUACGGCCUGACAGUGUGGUUCCCCGACAUGAUCAAGUACCUGCAGAAACAGGAGUACUCCUCACGCACUAAGGUUUUCGUCAAGGAGAAAGUAGAACAUGUCACCUUUAACUUCACCUUGGAAAACCAAGUCCACCGCCAGGGAGAGUACUUCAACGACAAGUUUAUGAACCUGAAAAUGAGGUCUAUGGUGUUUGAGGACUCGUUGUUUGAGGAGUGUUACUUCGAGGACAUCACCUCCAGCAACACCUUCUUCAAGAACUGCACCUUCAUCGCCACCCUCUUCUACAACACAGAUCUCUUCAAGUAUAGGCUGGUGAACUGCAAGCUUAUCAACAGCACUUUCCUGCACAACAAAGAGGGCUGCCUGCUCAGUGACGUCAGUGAUGAGAAUAAUGCCUACAUGGUCUACUUUGUCAGUUUCCUGGGCACCUUGGCUGUGUUGCCAGGCAACAUUGUUUCUGCGCUGCUCAUGGACAAGAUUGGACGGCUGAGGAUGCUAGCGGGCUCCAGUGUGAUUUCUUGCAUCAGCUGUUUCUUCCUGUCCUUUGGCAACAGCGAGUCAGCCAUGAUUGCUCUGCUCUGCCUGUUCGGGGGAAUCAGCAUCGCCUCCUGGAAUGCCCUGGAUGUGCUGACCGUUGAGCUCUACCCAUCUGACAAGAGAACUACAGCAUUUGGCUUCCUCAACGCCCUCUGUAAAUUAGCAGCGGUGUUAGGCAUAAGUAUUUUCACCUCCUUCGUCGGUAUCACCAAGGCUGUGCCCAUCCUCUUUGCCUCGGGAGCGUUGGCGGCAGGCAGUUUUUUGGCCCUCAAACUACCAGAAACGCGGGGCCAGGUGCUGCAAUAAUGUGGCGCCAACAACUUUCCAGGGGGGCAGAAGAGUUUUCGCCACACUGUGAACGAACAGCUCAAGAGCCCUCCAAAUUCUACCCUCUAACCCCUUCCCUACAAUAACAGAAUCAAGUUUUGUGCACAUAACACAAUGCAGAAGAGCCACACAGAUCUGCUGAGCUGUAAAUAUUUGGUAUUGGUGAUUAUCUGAUAGGUACCCCUCCAUGCUAUAAAGAUUAGUGGAGCUGUGAUGAACCAUGAAUAAACCUCUGGCUGAUUUGGACAAA